AUGGCAGCACUGCCUGUUGGUCUGUUUCCCAAGCUCGGCAUAUUCUCUGGCUACUCAAGAUUGCUCCGAAAUGGCACGCGAUUUCUCGACUAUGCAAGCACCCGAGGCGGUUCCAGUACAACGGUAUGGGACGUUUCAUGGGGCAGCGUGUUUCCCUGUGCGAACGGAGCUGCGAGCGCAGCGGUCAUGCGAUAUUUUCUAGGACGCUCAAAGGAGAGGCGCGAGGUCAUGCCCGAAAAGCUUGCGGCGAUGCCAGUAGAGGCGAAGGCACAGACAGGGUCAGAGUCCUUGAACGACAAGAGUUCUUCUUCCAGAACAGCGUCAUCCACGUCACAUAUGAGCCGCUUCAGGACCGUAGAUCCUGUCACACCAAACAAGAUACCUCAGAGGCGCUAUCAGGUCCUCAAUGUUUUCUAUUUCCGAAGGAAGUCGAGCGCCCGGACUCUACUGGGUAUCUGCAUCAAGUUGGGAGACCGGACCUGGUUUCGCAUUCUAUCUUUCAUAGCUCUUCUGGGCUUGUCCGCAUUUCUUGGGCUCAUCGGCGCCUAUGGAACGGCGGCCGUUGUCGUCAGCUCGGCUUUGUCUCAAGCAGUCGCCUGGAAUAUCAAGAUCCAGCGUCCGCCGGGUUAUCUCAGCAACAACGAGGCACACGACGCCUGCAUGCUUGUAGCAUCCCACCAAAAUGCGACAGAGUGGAACCUAUUGAUCGGGGACCGCGGUAUUGUCGAUACGUUACUCAACAAGCCUAUGUUCCUCGUACCUUCCGGCAAGGGCGUGGACAUGGCUGCCUCCUGGUUCUGGUUUGCGAACCUUGUUCAGCUGAUAGCCAUGACAUUUGUCGCCGGCCAGAAAGGCUGGGACGGCGUUGCCUUGGUGCUUCUCCUUGGUCUUCACUGGGCCGUUUUCAAUAUCUUCCCGCGGUCCGGUCUAGUCCACUCAUGGCUCCAGACAGAAGGGAUUGAUGCCGUGCUGAAAAGCUACGAAUUCGGUGGACGAAUGGCUAUGAUGGGGGCAAUUCAGGCCUUCAGCAAGUCCAAAAUUACGAGGUGGAUGGACGACAUUAUCGUUCCACACCCCCGCCGCGAUGCUCUUCUUAGCUGCAUUGAGGGGAAGGCAGUCUUUGGGCCUGAGUUCUCCGAGAGUGAUCAAAAGAGAACUCAAUCAAUGGCUGAGGCCUCACUUGCUGCCGCGCAGGUUCUGGAGAGGGAUUUUCAUCCGAGUCGUGUCCUCCCUAUCCCGCCCAAGGCUGCUGUUUGA